AUGGAGUCUCUGAGCAAGGUUCAAGACGACCAAGAUCUAGUCGACUUCCUAGGAGCUGAAUUCGAUCUGCUGUUGACGACUGAUGCCCAGUGUCGGCCGAAGACGAAAGAAAUUCUGCAACACUAUGGCCUACAGUACUGGCUGGACGCUCACGACUUGAUGGUCCAUCCUUCGAUCGUCCCAGUCCUCAGAGGAGAAGUUUUCCCUUCCUUCGAGUACAUCACAGAGCUGCCUAGUCUUCUGGCUAUAGGAGAAGAAUUUUUGAAGGCACACUUCGUCGUGUAUGUGGCAUGCUUUGAAAAGGAGGGAGAGACUGACUUCAUCAAUGUUGGGUCGGCUGCGAAUCAAGAUAGUGGCGCCCUGCGUCGGAUGCAAGACUAUGUUCGUGGCGGCAGCAUGUCUCAGCAUACAAAGCCAUUGCUGGAGAAAGGUUGGGAAUUGACCCACAUCGGUCUACUGAUGGCGAUUGCUGCUCCGAUGGCUAAGAGGAACGCUCCACUGCGAUGCUUUACACUCUCGCAAGAAGCAAUGUUUACGUUCAAGCUGUGGUCUCUGUACAUGGGUGUGAAGUGGUCUGGAGCAGAGGACUUCUCGCAUUACAUGCUGCAUGCUUUCCCGUGGGAGGACCCACGCCUGCUCGAUUACUCCGGAGUCAACUCACACAGUCCACUCAGAGAUCCGGUGCGCGGCAUCGAUCUGCCACUCAACGAGAUACUCGUUCAGGCUGAUGUACCACACCUCUGUCUCACGAACCGGCUGGCAGCUUCCCGAGAAGCUCUGAACGCAUACAAGAGAGGCGAGCUGGACGAAUCAGAUCCCGCACUUCAGGCAAAGAUCUAUCUGUGGAAGACGAAGCUGGAGAAUUCUCGCAGAUAUAUCCACUCAGUCAAAGGUAAGGCCACCUUGAAGGCCUACUAUCUGAGGGAGGAGGUGAGGAAGCGUAUACGGGCAUUCCAAAGCACGCCGGUUCAACUUGCGAAAAAGAGGGCUUACUGGCACAACAACAAGGAGUCGGAGUCGGCUAGGAAGACUCGCGAGAACCAAUCAGAUGAUCCUGCUGUCCAGAAGGGCUUGAAGCGCGCGCAAGCGGCCGUGGAGAGCGCCCUGAGCCAAAACGAAAAGCUCAAGCAAGGUCGUGCGUGGCUGAACGCCAGCAACGACGGUACCUUGUCGAAGGAGAUGAUGGCAAAGCCGGAGGUUCAAGCCGCCAUGCAGUCUGCCAGCAAGCAAAGAGCGCGCAAGAAGAAGAGCACCUUUGGCGAGAAGCUCAAGCAAGGUCGUGCGUGGCUGAACGCCAGCGACGCGGGUACAUUGUCAAAGGAGAUGAUGGCAAAGCCGGAGGUGCAAGCCGCCAUGCAGUCUGCCCGCAAGGAGAGAGAGGCCGCGAAGAGGAACAGGUCGAAAGCCGCAGCCAAGAAACGUGCAGCUAAACCCAGCGACGAAGACGACGACGAGACCGACUCGGAAUGA